AUGCAAGGGGAUGACGCUGGGGAAGUUCCAUCGGCACCUACCACUCGUGUUCGGCAUCGGAAGAGAAAUAGUGAUGUAGUUGCAGGGGCAGGCAAAGCAAAUGGAAGCAGUUUACUUGUCAAUGACAGUAACAAAUACAAAUCGUUUCUCAUUCGAGCAUACUCCACUUUCUGGAUGAUAGGUGGUUUUGCUCUGAUAGUUUACAUGGGUCAUCUCUACAUUACAGCCAUGGUGGUUGUUAUCCAGAUAUUCAUGGCACGAGAGCUUUUCAAUCUGCUUAGAAAAACUCAUGAAGAUAAACAGCUCCCUGGGUUUAGGCUACUGAAUUGGCACUUCUUUUUCACAGCAAUGCUUUUUGUAUAUGGCCGAAUACUUAGUCAACGGUUAGUCAAUACUGUGACUCCAGACAAAGUCCUAUAUAGACUGGUCACCAGCCUCAUCAAAUACCACAUGGCAAUCUGUUACUCCUUGUAUAUUUCCGGCUUUGUAUGGUUUAUUUUGACGUUGAAAAAGAAGAUGUACAAAUAUCAGUUUAGCCAAUAUGCAUGGACGCAUAUGAUCUUAAUUGUGGUGUUUACUCAGUCCUCAUUCACCGUGGCCAACAUCUUUGAAGGAAUCUUCUGGUUUCUUCUUCCUGCAUCACUUAUCGUCAUCAAUGACAUCUUUGCAUAUAUUUGUGGUUUCUUCUUUGGAAAAACACCGUUGAUCAAGUUAUCACCAAAGAAAACUUGGGAAGGUUUCAUUGGCGCUUCUAUUACCACGAUGAUUUCUGCAUUCCUGCUUGCGAAUAUAAUGGGUCGUUUCCUAUGGCUAACAUGUCCUAGAGAGGAUUUAUCGACGGGCUGGCUCCACUGUGAUCCCGGUCCAUUGUUCAAGCAAGAGACACAUGCUUUACCAGGAUGGAUUUCUGAUUGGUUCCCUUGGAAAGAAAUUUCGAUUCUACCAGUUCAGUGGCAUGCUCUGUGUCUUGGAUUGUUCGCCUCUAUAAUAGCGCCUUUUGGUGGCUUCUUCGCCAGUGGUUUCAAAAGAGCUUUCAAAGUCAAGGACUUUGGCGAUAGUAUUCCCGGGCACGGAGGAAUCACAGAUAGAAUGGAUUGUCAGAUAAUCACAAACCUGACAUUUGAGGAACAACAAGCUCUAUUCAUGAAGCUUGGCCAAAUGUUGCAGGAAAAGGUUAUUGGAUCUUAG